UAUUUGCUUGAUGAUUGAUUUGGGGCGAAAUUGUGCCAGGGUUAGUUAAUUAUGAUUGAUUACAAGCCAGAAGUGGCUACGGUCACGCCAUUUUGUCAACAUAACCUAGCUUUAGACGGCGUUUGAAUUUGGCUUGGAAUGGAGUUGCAGAAAUCGAAGAAAAGUAAGGUUAAGCGGAGGCCCCCUUUGCCGGAGGACGACACCUCCGGUGAUUUGCUCAUAGUGGACGAGUCUGGUGCUAAAACCAAGUCGCCGGUGAACAAGCCCCCGUCCGCAUCGUCCUCUGGUAAUAAAAAGCGCAAAAAACGCGACAGUGCCUCAAGUGACGAGGAACGGUGGCUCACUGCCAUCGAGUCCGGGAAGCUUGAGGAUGUUGACGACGAAUUGAAGAAAAUCAAGCCGAAGGACCCGGCCUUGAUGACGGCGCGACAGCGCGCCAUGUACGAGCGUGAGGUGGACGGGAGCCCCUCUGUGACCACCCCCACGUUAAUGUCGCUCCCGACUGGAUAUAAAGAGAAGGUCAUGACGGCCGAAGCGAUUCAAAAAGCGGCGAUCAAGUCGCAGAAACGCAAACAACUGGCGGACGAAAAGCGCGAAAAGGAUAAGAAGAAGACGAUGGAAAGGCUGCUCAAAAAGCAGGAGUCGAAGGCGGCCAAAGCGGCGAAAAACAAAAUCACCAAAGCGCAAACCCCCAUGAUUUUGUACCGUCAGAAUGUUGGGUUAACGACAGUGUCGUUCCCGCAAGGGAUGGACUGGCCCUUGCCGGGGGCGGGGGGCAAAGAGCCCCCGAAAGCCACACUGUGUAGCAUGGGCUGUGGCAAUGUGAAAAAAUACUCCUGUUCGCGGACAAAUGCACCGCUGUGCAGUCUAACGUGUUAUAAAAGGAAUAUCGCUAGUCGGAUUUUGUGAGGGGAAGGGAAAAAAGGCCAGUUUUGAGUCAGAGAUACG